AUGAGCAUCGAGGAGAGAUCGGAUGACUCGCCAGUGGGUGUAAAGGCCGUCGUCCAGAGAAGCCUCGCUGAGGCCACAAAGCGUGAAUUCUUAGGUGUGGGAUGUGGCUCGUUCUGCGAUGUAUUCCUAAUUCCAAAUACGCAACUGGUUAUAAAAAUUCCUUUUGACGUAUUGGAAGACGAUGUUGAGCCACAGGUCUAUAAGAGGCUUGGUGCCCAUCCCAGGAUCUUGCAGUGUUUCGGGGAAUUCGAGUGCAUUCUUGGGCGUGGUUUGGUCUUCGAGUACCUCCCGCUGGGGAAGCUGGCCCAAUACAUCGCACCAGAGCACUUUCCAUCGGAAAGGAAGCAGUGGUCAGGCCAGGCCAUUGAGGCGAUCUUGUAUAUUCAUUCUAAAGGGGUCAUACAUUGUGAUGUUGGUAUUCAGAACUUUCUCAUACGGGAUAACGGCUCGCUUGUGCUAGCGGAUUUCUACGGUUCGAUCCUUGAUGGGUCCCAGAGCGAAGUAUCAACAAGAUCACGAUACUCACGUCCCCUGGCCAUUGAAGAAAGACAAUUAAAUCAAACUGAAAGAGACGACAUCUUCGCGCUGGGUUCGGUAUUAUAUGAGAUUGAGAGUGGCCAUCGACUCUACAGAGACAAAACUGAUCGCGAGAUUCACAAACUUUUCCAGCUACGUCAGUUUCCAGACAUAUCCAAUAUUGCGGCGCCUCUCCGAUUUGUGAUUGAAAAAUGUUGGUGGGAUCAAUAUAAGAGCACAGAAGGCAUCAAAUCUGAUGAUAGUUUUAGUCUUUAUAGCUAG